GCCUCCCCACGCUGCGCCUCCUCCGCGACAGCGUGUCCAGCAUGUCCCUCCAGACCCUCCUGGUGUUCCUGGGAGUCUUUCUGCUUGUCACCGACUACAUGAGAAGGAGAAAGCCCAAAACCUUCCCCCCGAGCCCCUUUCCCCUCCCUUUCCUGGGGCAUAUCCUCAAGCUGGACUUCAGCAAUCCCCUGAAGACAAUGCAGAAGCUUACCGAAAAAUAUGGGGACGUCUUCAGCCUGCAGCUGGGCACCAUGUGCUACAUCUUCGUCAAUGGCUUCCAGAUGGUUAAGGAGGCGCUGGUUAACCAAGGUGAAAACUUCCUAGAUCGCCCAGAAAACCCUCUCGACGUGGAAAUCUUCAACAAACAUGGACUGACCUCCUCUAAUGGACAUACUUGGAAACAGCAGAGAAGAUUCACCCUGUCGACACUCAGGAACUUCGGCCUGGGGAAGAGGAGCUUGGAGGAGCGGAUACAGGAGGAGUGCCAGUACCUUACAGACGCCUUCGGGGAAGAGCAGGGGCAUCCUUUUGACCCUCACUUUAAGGUCAAUAACGCAGUUUCCAACAUCAUCUGCUCAGUCACCUUUGGCAAUCGAUUUGAGUACCACAACGAGCAUUUCCAGAAGCUGCUGCAGCUGAUGGACAAGCUAGUGGAGCUCCAUGGGCACCCUCUCAGCCAGCUGUACAAUUCUUUCCCAGGUAUAAUGAAGUACCUCCCUGGACCCCACCACACCAUUUCUAAAAGCGGCAAAUUGCUGAAAAGUUUUGUGCGCGACAUGAUCGCUAAGCACAAGGAGAACUGGAACCCCUCUGAAAGCCGGGACUUCAUCGACAGCUACCUGCAGGAGAUUGCAAAGCACGACGACAGCGGAUGCUUCUGCGAAGAAAAUCUUGUGGCCUGCACGCUGGAACUUUUUCUUGCUGGAACAGAGACGACGUCCACAACCAUGCGCUGGGCGUUGUUGUACAUGGCCAUGUACCCAGAAAUUCAAGCGCGUGUGCAAGCGGAGAUCGACGCAGUUGUGGGGCAGGCUCGGCAGCCGGCCCUGGAGGAUCGCAGCAGCAUGCCCUACACCAAUGCUGUCAUCCACGAGGUGCAGAGGAGCAGCAACAUCAUCCCCUUCGGCUUGCCCAGGCUGACCAUGCGGGACACAGUGCUGGGGGACUUCUUCGUGCCCAAGGGCAGUAUUUUGAUGGUAAAUUUAACCUCCGUGCUCUGUGACAAGAAGGAGUGGGAAACCCCCGACACUUUUAACCCUGAGCAUUUCCUGAAGGAUGGUCAGUUCCAGAAGAGAGAGGCUUUUCUACCAUUUUCUCUAGGGAAGAGCGAUAAGGAGGAAUAA